AUGUUUGAUGACAGCCACGUAACCGCGAACGAAAUUUCUACACAAGACUGGUACGCCCUGUCUGUCCCGCCACGCCACGCGGCUGACCCGUUUGCAUGUCCCUGUUGUGCGAAUGUGUUCAGUGAGUUGCUCGCCCAGACCGGCGUUGAUCUUGCUGAUCAGGCUAAGCACCUGACGCCACGCACCACGGCGCUGGAAAAUUCUGUGUUUGUCACCCAGGCGAAAAUUCAGACCAUGAAUCCAGAUCAACCCACAGCUGACGCCAUGUGGGUGGUCGACGGCAGGAUACGCUGGGUGGGCGAGGAACAGGACGCGCCUGUGGAAGCUCUGGCGGAACAUAAGGUUGCUGCAGGUAACAGAACCAUAUUGCCCGGGUUCAUCGACCCGCAUAUGCAUCUCGCGCCUUUGGCGAUGUUGCACAGUUUUGAAAAUCUGGGCCCAUUUAGAUUUCCGCGCACGAAAGAUGCUUUAGCUUACCUUAAGCAGAAAAGUGCGGACGUACCGGCAGGGCAGUGGCUGGUUGGACGGCAAUUUGACCCCUCGCUGCAGGAAGGACCGGACUAUCUGACGAUAGACCUGCUUGAUGAGGUCAGCGUUGAGCACCCGAUUUUUAUCUAUAACGCUUCGCUGCAUCUGGCUUACUGUAAUUCUGCCGCGCUGCAAUUAGCUGGCGUGACGGCGGAUACACCGGAUCCUGCUGGUGCUGAAAUUGGCCGCGAUGACAACGGUCAGCCUAAUGGGGUGCUCAAGGCAGGUCCUGCUAUGGCACUGGUGGCGCGUCACAAUCCGCACACAAAAACAGCUGAUCUGGCGCAAGCGUGCCUGGAUGUAUUUGCCCACGCCAACACGCUUGGCAUCACAGGUUUGUGUGAUCAGGGCACCGGCCUUUUUCAGGGCGCUAAAGAACUGGAUCUGUAUCAGGGUUUGCGUGACAGCAACCGCAUGACGGUUCGCUUCCGCUAUUCGUUGGCCCAAGCUGUUGCUGAUCGCUGGGACGAAGCCGGUUGUCGCUGGGGGGAAGGGGACGAAUGGGUGCGUAAUACAGGCUGGAAGAUUGUCAGCGAUGGAUCAAACCAGGGGCGUACGGGUUUGCAGCGCGAGCCUUUCCUGAACUCCGAUGAAACCGGUAUUGCCUACAUAGAGCGCGAAGAAUUGUUUGCCGCCGUUGAGCAGCGCCUGGCUGAUGGUUGGGCGGUAUGCGUGCACGCCAAUGGUGAUGCCGCUAUCGAUAACGUUCUUGAUGCCUUCGAGGCGGCGGCCGCCAAAGGUUUGCGCGCAGAUUCGCAACGCUGUCGGAUCGAACAUUGCAGUAUCCUGCAUGAUGAACAGAUUGAACGCAUGGCGGCACUCGGGUUAUCUCCCAGUUUUCUGAUUGGCCAUGUUUAUUACUGGGGGCAGGCAUUUGUGCAGGAUGUAUUUGGCAUCGAUAAAGCAUCGUUACUUGAUCGUACCGGUACCUGUGAAGCUAAAGGCAUUCGCUGGACCAUUCACUCGGAUGAUCCCGUCACAGAGAUGAAUCCGCUGCGCUGUAUCGAGAACGCGGUGACCCGCAAUAUGUGGAAGUCAGAAGCAAAGCUGUCUCCCCAGGAGUGUAUAUCUACCGCGGCUGCGCUGCGCGCGAUGACCAUUGAUGCCGCCUGGCAGUGUCACAGCGAUCAUGAAGUGGGCAGUCUUGAGGCCGGCAAGUUCGCUGAUUUUAUUGUGCUUGAACAGGAUCCAUUACAGGUUGAGCCUGAUGCGCUGAGCAGCAUUGCCAUAUUACAAACCUGGGUGAAUGGUGAAUUAGUCUAUGCGGCCAGUUAA